AAAUGAUGAAGUCUAGUACACCACAUCAGGAUCUCAAACUAAUUAGGAGAUACCAGCAGAAAGCGAGAAGGAUACAUACUAGCAUGUCUGAAAGAGGAAUGAGGAUCUCAGAUCCUCGUAUCAAGAAAAAGAGAAAUAUUUCCCAAGAAUCGAUUCCAAAGCAGAAGUCACUAGUUGAAGAGAAAAUUGAUCCACAGGAGGUUAUUCUGCAACAGAAAACGUUUCAGGAGACUUCUGAGACUUCUAAGCCUAUUGCGAAACAAAUUUUUAAACGAAAUUUGCAUACUUCAAGCUCACCUUGGAUCAAUGUAGCCACGAUGGAUCCAAACAAGGUUGACACCAGACAGUUGUUGAUGGAUAAAAACAUGAACUUCAUGGUCACAAAUACUCAAGACUUUUUAGAAGAAGAAGAGAUUGAUAUCCAUGGGCUCAGCAAUCUUUCUGAGCAUAAAUUGGUCAGGUUUAAGUACCCUAGAUGAAUGGGCAGUAAUUAUCUAAAAGACUUUAAGCCCCUUGCUACCCAGAAAUUGAUCCCAAGAACGAGAUUUGGAGAUAAUGGAGACUGAUUCAACCUUAAUAAUGAGAAAAGAAGACAUAUUAAUGUAAACAAAAUGGUCUGAAAUACUACUAAUAAGGAUACUUUUACAGACUUCCAAGUACAGCCUGGAAAAGGACUGGCUCAAAGAUCUCAAAGUUGAACUCAGAUUCCAGAGAGGCCCAUUGUUGUAGUUGAAAAGCAUCGUAGAGAUCCAAAUAACAGUAAUGAGUAUAAGGGAACUCUAAGCUUUUCAUCGCCAUUCUUCAACAAGUCUUCAUACCAAAAGAAUUUCCAGAAUUUUGGAGAAGGCAGAAUGUAUCAGGCAAAACAUCCAAAAUAUCCUGUCUACAUGCUCCCAUUCAAGGGAGAUUCUAUUUAUCGUGAGAGUUUCAGAAGGAAGCUGACACAACGUCUAAAGGAGGAUAAAUCUCCUGAUGGUGGCACCAAGCUACCAUCCUCUCUUGAUCCUGUCCAAAUAAAACUGAAGGUGUGCAAAGAUCACAUCAAGCAGAACUUCAGCAUGUUAAAGAUGAAUGGAAAACCCAAGGAGUUUUACCCCUCAAAGACUACUCAGAGAGAAGUGUACAUGUCGAAGUCAAUGAAGCCAAAAGACGAUCCUGUCCAUAACUCACAGCUUCUUUCGAAUUUCAAGACUAUUUAUAGCAACGAAUUUGUAGAGAAGCCGAUUAUCAGGAAGAAGAAGAUCAAGACAAAGCCAAUGGUGUGGUAAUCCAUUCAAAAAGCUGCUACUUUCAACCA